AUGACGUUCUACGCUCUCUCUUCAUCUCUUUCUCCCUCUUCCUUCUACCGCAAUUCUCGCAUUCCUUCAAUCAGCUGCUCCCGUAUUCCUCAUCUUAAUGUCAAUAACAACCUUCCACGUGCCCCCCCUCAGUUUCUGAACGCCGCCGCGAGCAUCCGCGGUUUCUCUCUUCCGGGGAAGUUCCCGAGUGUAAGACUUAGGGUUUCAACAAGGUGCGAGAAGGAAGAUACAAAUAAAGGUGAGACAGAGGAUGAAGUGGAGCGAUUCGCGAGAAGAGAGAGCACUAUGCCUGAUAGAUUCAGACACUUGACCAAAGAAGCACCAGACACUCCUGUUAGAUGGCCUUGGUUUAUUGCGUUAGCGUUUCUCGUUUAUGCGUGGAGAGCAGUCUUGUUUGAGUUAUCAAACUGGAGAAACACUGCUUUCGCCAUCGUUAGAUUUCUCGGAGACCUUUCGAAGUUCGCAUUGGCUCUCAUCUUCCACUUUAUAGGAGACCCCAUCACUUCUCUCAUCGCUCUUGUGGAAACUGCAAUCUACAGUAUCCGAGCGUUCUACUCAGGGAUCGUGGCGUACACACCAGUGAGAGAGUUAACCACAGUGAUCCUUCUUGCAUCAUCUGUUCUCGCAAUAGGAGAAGCUGUUGCGCCAAACUCGAUAAGCAAGCAGCCGUAUGUGGUGACUCUCGCUGGUCUAAUAGGGUAUGCAGCUGUGCAAGGGUACAUCUCAGAGCCGUUCUUUUGGACUGUGUUGGUGGGUAUGUAUGGUUAUUCGAGGUUGAUAAGGAAGAGAGAUGAUGUGACGUCAGCGUUACCUUCUGCAGCUGUUUUGGCGGGAGUAGGGGAGCCGUGGGUGAGAGUGGUGGCUAUUACAGGGUAUUUGGCUUUAGCUAUGUAUCAUAAUUCAACUAAGAAGAGGUCAUCUGAAGAAGAAGAAGAGGGAGAGGGACAGAGUUUGAGGAAGGCACCACCUGUGCCGUUGUUGGCUGCAGCUUUGGCUAUUGGUGUCAGGCUUGCUGCUAAAUGGGUUGGUUACAGGCACUUGACUUGGAUGAUUGUUUAA